AUGGCAACAAUCACUACAUUUUCUUCAUCUCUAAAAUUUUGGUUCGUCUUAUGUUCCUUCUCUUUCUUAUCUCUCAAAACUCUCUCCCAGCCUCGAGUCAAUCACUUACACACCUUUUGCAACGACCAAGCCGACAGGUUCGCAGAAGCCAGCUCUUACGACGAAAACCGUAAAUCCACCCUCAAGUAUCUCCGCGCCACAACCUCCGACGCAACCUAUCUCAGCGUCACGAAAGGUCUUAACGCCGACAUAGUCUAUGGCAUGUACCAUUGCAGAGGAGAUAAUACCAAAAGGUCCAAAUCAACAUGCAGAAUCUGUGUCAGGACCGCAACUACACUGAUCGCUAAAACAUGCACCAAUCAAAAAGAAGCUAUCAUAUACUAUGAAGAGUGCAUGGUACGUUACUCGGAUUAUUCCUUCUUCGGACUCCUAGAAACUUCGCCGAAAUUCUUAACAUCCUCUCCUAGUAACUUUCCUGAUAAGAGUCGGUUCGGAGAUACACUUUCUAGUAAGAUGGACAAACUUAUCACGAAAGCAGCGUCGACGACUCUGUGGCCGGAACCAUAUUUAGCGCAUGAUCAACAACGUGUGAAUGAUUUCGAUAGCUCGUACGUAGUGGAGUCAUUGGUGCAGUGUAGUCCUGAUAUUGAUUCAGGAAACUGCACCAAGUGCUUGAGACUUGCGGUACAAGAUAUCUUGGACUGUUGCAGCCGGUCUCGUACGGCUCAGAAUUUUCUUCCUAAAUGUCUCGUUAGGUAUAACACCUCCUCUUUGCCAUUGAACGACCCGACGACUCCGAAACCGAGACCGAGUCUUGGUGUUAUAAAAGGAAACAAGAUAUUUGAGAGAACUUUUACCGCAGUCAUAACAGCUUCGGCGUUAGCACUUGUAGGUCUAUGA